CUAGAUUGUCUCGGGAACGUUUUGUAACGAGUUUGAGUGUGGCCUUGAAUUGGAAAAGGUUUAUUAUUUAAUAACUGUCGCAAUAAUAAACCGAAGUAAUGGGGUCGUUAGGAUUUUGGAGCAUGCUAGCGAUACUCUUCCAAACAGUAUUAGUUGUGAUUCUAAGUUGGCUGACUUUAGACUGUAAGUUCGAGCCGGAUGACACCGAGUUGCAUGAGAUCACGUUGAUUAAGAUCCUGUACUUGUAUGACCCUGAAGCUUGUGAGAAGGUCUUCUUCUACAACGUGACAGCUAGCAUUGGUCACGAUAGAAUAUACACGAGUAUAGUGUGGCCUACGAAGAAUCACGUCGCUUCGAGAUUUAGAACAGAGAUGCAAGUAUGGCUGGCGCUACACUUAAUCUGGACGUUGUUUGCCAUCAUCAACAUGACCCAAGGACAGCGGUCGUGCAGUUUCUACGCCACCCUGCUGCCGUUCACCACCACUGGCAUCGCACUGCUCAUUACUGAUGUCAUAUACGCCAUAUUAUUCCUGAUCGAUGCUGAAUAUACCUACACUGAAACAACUAUACUCCUCUACCUGACGAACAAUGGCCAUCUCCGGGCUAUAAUGAAGAGGCCUUUAUCAACAGCCCUGGACGUGGAGGACACGUCCUGGAUAGCCGUGGUCAUGGCCUACUGCAGCAUCAGGGGCAUCGUGCAGUGGCUAGUCAACUUCUGGAUUGUCAAGGACAAUUACUUCGAAGGAUUGAAUCAUUAUCGU